GGUCGGGCGGGGGCGAUGCGGCGCGGCGGGGCUGCCCCUUCUCCCCGGGGGCCACCUGUCCUCCCGGGCCACAACCAGCUGAGCACCUCUGCAGCGGGGAGGGCGCCAGCUGCCCGGAACAGCGGCCGCGAUCUCACGGCACCUGGUUGUCAUGGGGACGCCUGGAGGCGGGUAAACAGAACACCGCCUCCCCCCGCGACCGCCCUCCCUUGGACACAGACUCGCGAGAGCAGGAGGCCCGCGGCCUGGCUCGGUCUCAGCCGCGGAGCACGGCGCCGUGGCUGGCGGCGGAGCGGCUGGAGCUGCUCGGCCUGGGGGGUAUUUACAACACAUGAUGUUGGAAGAGUUCCUUUAAUGUCAAACAUAAGAGUUAUGGCAGCACAUUGGAAGAAAAUGUUGGUGAUCCUUCUAGCAGCUCAAGCAUUGCUUAUGGGUCAUAGCUUUGAGGAAGAGGAUGUACCUGAUGAAUGGAUUCUUCUUCAUGUAGUCCAAGGUCAGAUUGGAGCUGGAAACUAUAGCUACUUGAGACUAAAUCAUGAAGGGAAGAUAGUACUUCAGAUGCAGAGUUUAAAAGGCGAUGCAGAUUUGUAUGUAUCUGAUAUGACCCUUCACCCCAGUUUUGAUGAGUAUGAGUUACAGUCUGUAACUUGUGGUCAAGAUGUUGUUUAUGUACCAGCCCACUUCCACCGCCCAGUGGGAAUAGGAAUCUAUGGUCAUCCUUCUCACUUGGAGAGUGAGUUUGAAAUGAAAGUAUAUUAUGAUAGAACAAUUGUAGAUCAUCCAUUUGCGGAGGCUUCCUACAACCCAGAAGAGAUGGAGACAAGCCAGAAGCGGACUCAUUCAGCAGAAGAUCAAUCUCAGGAUGAGGAGUCUAUUUUUUGGACUAUACUCAUUGGAGUUUUGAAAUUAAUACUUGAAAUUCUUUUUUAAAAUAAUCAACUGGACAUACACUGGACUAGAGUGCACUUGUAGCCUAUGACUUUGAACAUGAAUGGCUUGCUGUGAAUAUUGGUACUCUUUUUUGUAAAGUUACCUGAAGAGGUAUUCAGGGUUACCUUUUCUAUGCCGAGGAGGGGAAAAGCAAAGCCAUAGUUAAUUUUGUACUGAAGCCCCCUUCCCACCUUCCAGAAGUAAAAUGAGCAGAAAGCACAGUAUUUGUAUAGUUUUCUUUAUAAAUCAGGGUUAAAGUGAAUUAUAAAUAAAGGGAAUCUUAUUAAAAUGUAUCACUUUGAACAGGUGCAUAAGAAAAUGGAUCUUGAUAAUUCACUGUAUUUUCUAGUAAUGUGACAGUUUUAUACAAAGAAAAGUUGUAAAAUCUGAAAGGUGCAGUUUUAACAACCCCAUCCAAUUUAAAAUAAAGAACUAAUUUUCUAAUCUCUUUGCAGUGUGAACAGAUCUUUAGCACGUAGCACUUUAAAAUGCUGACAGUCAUUGGAACUUGAAAGCAGUGUAACAAAGACCAGGAAAUAUCAAAGUCAAGCGUUAAGGUGAACAGUGAUUUUAGGUGCCUAGUUAUAUCCAAUUUAAAGGAGCCUGACUUUUCAAAGGGUAGGUACUCAGUGCUUUUUUUCAAUCUGCUCUAAGGUAUCAAAUUGGGCAUUUAAACUGAAAUCACUUAAUCGCUUUUUAAAAUCAUGACUUGAAUCAAGUUUGCCAUCUUCUUUAUUUUCUCUAAAGGUAGAGGCUGAUCUUUCUAGUCAGGGAAAGAAUUAUAAUGAAUCAGUUAUUCAGCAAAUUUUGUAUCUGUAAAUAUAUAUAUAAGCAAUAUUGCACUGCUCAUUAAAAGCAACUCAGCCUGCAUUAUCAUAAUCAGUACAAGGUUUCUCUCCAUCCAUGUACCCCUUUUCUUAAGUGUAACCACAAUUUUAGUGCCACUUCCAUAGUAUCAUCUAUUCUCUAUAUGUUUUUUGGUGCAUCUUUAUGAAAAUUAGAUGCAUUUAACUUUUGGGGUGCAAGUUAUUUUCCAGUUAUAAAGACUUAAUAAAGGAGACUGGAUUUUCUGGCAA